AUGGACCUCACUAAUGCAGACACACCAGUCACCCAACCUGGAAGAACACGCAAAAUCGUGGUUUUAAUUUCGGGCUCCGGUUCAAAUUUGCAGGCGCUCAUGGAUGCAUGUGCCUCCGGUCGAAUACCCUCUGCCAAAAUCGCGUUUGUACUAUCCAACCGUUCGGCAGCAUACGGUCUUCAAAGAGCUGCUCAAUCCUCCCCUCCUAUUCCAACGGGUGUGCUUGCGUUCAAAACAUAUGUAAAUGCGCGCGCGAAAGAGGGCGUGCAAGCGACACGAGAAGAUUACGAUGCAGCAGUUGCUGAGCGGAUACUGAAAGAGGUUCCGGAUGUGGAUUUGGUGGUACUGGCAGGGUGGAUGCAUAUCCUCAGCGAAAAGUUUUUGGAUCUCAUGAAGAUGCCGGUGAUCAACUUGCACCCGGCGCUUCCUGGUGCCUUUGAUGGUGCGCAUGCAAUCGAAAGAGCGUAUACUGCGUUUCAAAAGGGUGAGGUCGGACACACGGGCGUGAUGGUUCAUCGAGUGGUCAAGGAAGUUGAUCGGGGAGAGCCGAUCCUUACUCGAGUUGUUGAAAUCAAAAAAGAGGACUCAUUGGCGGAGUUGGAGACUAGGAUUCAUGAAGUGGAGCAUGAUCUGAUUGUGGAAGCUACAAUUAAGGUUUUACAAGAAGAGGGGGUAUGA